AUGGAAUCAAUUCAACUAGAUCUCCAAGUAUUCCAGCGAAUUAAUAACUGCCAAACAAGCGACAAAUUCACACUAACUAUCAACAAUUUCGAAAUAAUUCUCAAUAAAUUUUUUGCUAUUACAUUUUCAUUAAUGAUUCACAAAAAAUAUCUAUUAGAUAAUAGUAUCAAUAAAGUUGAUAUAUCUCUGGAUAUUGAAACAUCAGACACAUAUAAUGUAUUAAAAAAUAUCCUUCAAUGUUGUGAAACAUCAUUCAAAUGCGACAAAAAGAUUUUAAAGGAUCUUUUCCAUAUUGGUGUCGAACUUGAGAUAAAGGAACUUGUUGAUAUAUACAAAAAGAAGGAGAUAGAUCAUAUGACUCUAAACAAAAAUAAUUGCAUUCAAUUUCUUGAAUAUUAUAUCUACUGUUCAUAUAAUGAAAAGAUUUCAGAAUGCUGUGAAUAUAUAUCUUCUCAUUUCUAUGAAAUUGAUUUAAAUCAACUCAAAGCAAUUUCAACAAAACUCGGAAUCGAUAUCAUUCAAAGAAUUGUCAUCAACAAAAAAUUCUUAAUCAAAGAUGAAAAUUCUUUUGCCAAUUUUAUAAUUUCUCUCACACAGAAAAGCAAAAAUUUCUCUCCGUUAAUAGAACACAUUAAUUUCGAGUAUUGCAGUGAUCAUAUUAUCAAAAAUCUUUAUGAAAUAUGCGAUGGGGAUAACUGUGUCAAUAUUAUCAAAUCACUUGGUGAAUCACUUUUGAGAUCAAGAUAUCAUAUUCGUGAUUUUAGCCGUUAUCAUCUUCCAACAGAAUAUCUCGAAAAGAUGACUGAUUUAAAGAAAUCAUAUUCUAAACUUAUAGAAUCUCAAGAAAAAUUUAAUAUCAAAAAAGGUCUUAAAUCAUUUGAGAAUCUUCCAGAAGGUUUAACACAGCUAAUGAUACCAAUAAUUAAUGAAUAUUAUAUUAAUGGUUAUUUAAUGCUCAUGAAUGCCUGCUAUGAUGGAAGACUCGACCAUGUUAAAUUACUGGUUGAAAGUGGUUGUUACAAAGAUGUAGUGAUAAAAUCGGAAACAUUGGAUGAAUUCAAUAAUAGUUAUGAUGAGCAGAACGAUUAUGAUUCUGAUGAUGGUAAUGAAUAUAAUGAUUCAGAUGAAUCUGAUGGUUAUGAUGAGUAUUCCGAAUUCACAUAUGGUUGCACCCCACUUUAUGUUGCAUCGGUUGCAGGUAAACUUGAUAUUGUAAAAUAUCUAAUCUCUAUAGGAGUCGAUAAAGACUCAAAGGUUAAACAUGGAAGGACACCAAUUAUGGCUGCAUCAGAUAAGGGAAAUCUUGAUGUAGUAAAAUAUCUUUACUCAGUUGGUGCUAAUAUAAAUGCAAAAGAUAAUGAUGGAAGGACACCAAUUAUGGCUGCAUCAGAUAAGGGAAAUCUUGAUGUAGUAAAAUAUCUUUACUCAGUUGGUGCUAAUAUAAAUGCAAAAGAUAAUGAUGGAAGGACACCAAUUAUGGCUGCAUCAAAUUCAGAUAGACUUGAUGUAGUCAAAUAUCUUAUCUCCGUUGGUGCUAAUAAGGAUGCAAAAGAUAAUGAAGGUAAAAAUGCAUUGGACUAUGCAGGAUAUGAUGUAGAAGAAUUUCUAUCAUCAAAUUGA